UUAUCAUUUGAAAAGAAUUCUUUUGAUAAAAUACGCAAAAGAAAACUUCAACUCUUAUCUUCUCCCCCACUCACCCCCAAACCUUAACAGAAAAUAUUAAAUCAAAUAUAGGUGGGAAGAGAGAGAACCAAAGAAAGAAAAUACCCAAAAGAAAAGAAUGCUGCAACUUCAACUCUUAUCUUCUCCCCCACUCACUCCCCAAACCGUAAACCUCAACUCCAUCUCUAACCCCAAGCUUUUCCCAUCUUUCUCUUCACUCAACUCCUCCCAAACCCGUUCCUUUAAAUUUAAUCCCCUCUCUAAACCCUCCAAGUUUUCUCUCAAAUGCCGCCAAUCUGAAUACUUCGAUCAGAAACAGAGGUUUAAUGACUCUUCUUCUUCUUCUUCGCCAUCAUCCUUAGCAGGGUUGCCGGCUAGGUUUUAUGUAGGUCAUUCCAUUUACAAAGGGAAGGCUGCUCUGACUGUGGAGCCAAGGGCACCUGAGUUUGUGCCUUUAGAUUCUGGGGCAUUUAAAAUAUCCAGGGAAGGUUUUGUGCUGCUGCAGUUUGCACCUGCAGCUGGUGUUAGACAAUAUGAUUGGAGUAGGAAGCAGGUGUUCUCAUUAUCAGUUACUGAAAUUGGAACUCUGAUUAGCCUUGGCAUGAGGGAAUCGUGUGAAUUUUUCCAUGAUCCUUUUAAAGGAAAAAGUGAUGAAGGAAAGGUUAGGAAGGUGUUGAAGGUAGAGCCACUCCCGGAUGGGUCUGGUCACUUUUUUAAUCUUGGUGUUCAAAACAAACUUCUAAACGUGGACGAAAAUGUUUAUAUCCCCAUUACACGGGGAGAGUUCACUGUCCUCAAAUCUGCAUUCAGCUUCAUUUUGCCAUAUCUUUUAGGUUGGCACGCCUUUGCCAAUUCAACCAAACCGGAUGAUACAAGUCGUGCGAAUAAUGCCAAUCCGAGAUAUGGAGGAGACUACGAAUGGAGUAGGUAGUUCAAAAUUUUGUCAUAGUAUGAGGAGGUUUCUAAUUUUCGUUAUGCUUUCCAAAAUAUUCUGAAUUUUAGCUUAGAUUAGAUAAAAUUAUCUCUGCCUCGUGUUUUGAAGCGAUGUAGAUUGCCCUCUUGGCUAUCGCAUCAUAUGGUAUUGCUGCAAACUACAUGUUUUACAACCAUGAAUACACGAUAACGGGUAACGUGAUCAACUACCUAUAGGUAUCAAAAUACAAAAGGGUAUCUGCAAA